AUGGUUGAACAUCAAAAUUCUUCAGGAAUGUAUAAAUGUACAUUGGCUAGAUCCAAACCUAGAGAUUUAGAUAUGGUGAGCCAAAAAAUAAGCUUUGGAACAUAUGAUAAUUACAUUCCAGUCAGUGAAUUAAGCAAAAAAUCAUGGAAUCAGCAACACUUUGCCCUGGGAUUUCCCAAACCACCAAGGCCAGGAAAAAAAAGGAGAUCAAAACCAUCCCAACUGCGAGACAAUGCAAUUCCUAUAUAUGAUUCAGACAAAAUAAAAGAAGGUCCCAAACGACCGUUAUGGAUGCACAGUUCUUUAAUGAGAAUUUCUGAGAGACCGUCUGAAUAUUUAGCUGCCAGGAGGCAGCCUCAAUAUAAAGCAACCCAUCGCCCAAAGGAAGAUGCUAAAGUAGCAGAUGUAGAAAAACGUUUAUCUCCAGAAGCAGCUAAGAAAGGUAAAGAAGAUAAGCAAGCAGACAAGAAGGACAUAUCAGAAUCAGAAAUAGAACCCAGAGUUUUAAAGGAGCCAAAAAUAACUAAGAGAGAGCCAAAGAAAGAUAAGGAUAUAGAAACAGGAACUAAAGAUGAAAAAGAGGCAAAAACAGAUGCCAAAAAAGAAAGAAAAGAUUCAAACAAAGGCAAGGAGUCAGGUACAGAAUCUGAAGAUGAAAAGAAAGAUGCCAAGAAAGAGAAGAAAGCUCCAAAGAAGGGCAAGGGGUCAGGUACAGAAUCUGAAGACGAAAAGAAAGACACCAAGAAAGAGAAGAAAGCUUCAAAGAAGGACAAGGAGUCAGGUACAGAAUCUGAAGAUGAAAAGAAAGAUGCCAAGAAAGAGAAGAAAGCUUCAAAGAAGAGCACAGUGUCUGCUACAGAAUCUGAAGAUGAAAAGAAAGAUGCCAAGAAAGAUGCCAAGAAAGACAAGAAAGCUUCAAAGAAGGGCAAGGAAUCUGCUAUAGAAUCUGAAGAUGAAAAGAAAGAUGCCAAGAAAGAUGCCAAAAAGGACAAGAAAGGUUCAAAGAGGGGCAAAGGGUCUACAGAAUCUGAAGAUGCAAAGAAGGAUAAGGAUGGGAAAAAAGAUACAAAGAAACCAGGAGAGAAUGAUGAUCAAUCAAAAGACAAGAAAGAUGCAAAGAGAAAGGGGAGUAAAAAAGGUAAGAAAGAAGAAAAGAAGGCCAGUGGGACAGAUAUUGAAUCAAAGGAUGAUGCUAAGAAGGAUGCCAAGAAGGAUGCCAAGAAGGAUGCCAAGAAGGAUGCCAAGAAGGAUGCCAAGAAGGGCAAGUAA